CCCGGAUCCACCCGGGACGCUUCUCUCGCCCCGCGGAGCCGGCGGAGCAGGAACCUCUGUGCAUUGGAGACCAUGGAUAAAUAUGAUGUGGUUAAGGCCAUUGGGGAAGGUGCCUUCGGGAAAGCUUACUUGGCCAAAGGGAAAUCAGAUAGCAAGCCCUGCGUUAUAAAAGAGAUCAAUUUUGGAAAGAUGCCCAUCCAAGAAAAAGAAGCUUCGAAGAAAGAAGUCAUUCUCCUGGCAAAGAUGAAGCAUCCCAACAUUGUCACUUUCUUCAGUUCAUUUCAAGAGAACAACAGGCUGUUUAUUGUGAUGGAGUAUUGUGAUGGAGGGGAUCUUAUGAAAAGGAUCACUAGACAACAAGGAGUGUUAUUUAGUGAGGAUCAGAUUCUGAGUUGGUUUGUACAGAUUUCUCUAGGACUAAAACAUAUCCAUGACAGGAAGAUCUUACACAGGGACAUAAAAGCACAGAACAUAUUUCUUAGCAAGAAUGGAAUGGUUGCAAAGCUUGGGGACUUUGGUAUAGCAAGAGUCCUGAACAAUUCCAUGGAACUUGCUCGAACUUGUGUUGGAACACCUUACUACUUGUCUCCAGAGAUCUGUCAGAAUAAACCCUACAAUAAUAAAACGGAUAUUUGGUCUCUUGGCUGUGUCUUAUAUGAGCUCUGCACACUCAAGCAUCCUUUUGAGGGUCGCAACUUACACCAGCUGGUUCUGAAGAUUUGUCAAGCACAUUUUGCCCCAAUAUCUCCACGGUUUUCCCGUGACCUACGGACCUUGAUAUCUCAGCUCUUUAAAGUGUCUCCCCGAGAUCGGCCAUCUAUUAAUUCCAUUUUGAAAAGACCCUUUUUAGAGAAUCUUAUUUCCAAAUACUUGGCUCCUGAGGUCAUUUGGGAAGAAUUUAAUCACACACUCAUACGUAGAGAAAAAUUGUCAGCUUCUCGACCUGCUGCGAAGAUGGUCCAGGAUUCUAAAAUACAGAAAGUGAGAUUCCAGGGAAGGUGCUCACCAAGAUCUAGGAUAUUGGUGCCAAAUAAAAUGAAGGAUGUAUUACAUAGAAAUGAAUGGAGACCACCAGCUGGAGCCCAGAAGCCCAUACCUAUAAAAAUGGUAGAAAGGCCCAAACUUGCUGCAGUAUGUGGACAUUAUGAUUACUAUUAUGCUCAACUUGACUUGUUGAGGAAGAGAGCCCACGAACCAAGUUACCACCAUGUUACUCAAAACGAUACUGGAGUUGAGGAGGAUUAUAGUCAGGAAGAAAGUUACAGCCCAUCACCAGGUCAAUGGCCUGCUGAAUAUCUUCAGAGGAAAUUUGAAGCUCAACAAUAUAAAUUGAAAGUGGAAAAGCAGUUGGGCCUUCGUCCAUCGUCUGCUGAGCCAAAUCACAACCAGAGACAGAAGCUAAGAAGUAAUGGAGAAGAGCCCCGAUUCCAAGAGCUGCAGUGCAGGAGAAAUGAAAUGAAGGAACAGGAAUAUUGGAAGCAGUUAGAGGAAAUACGCCAGCAGUACCACAAUGACAUGAAGGAAAUUAGAAAGAAGAUGGGGGGUGAACUGGAGGAGGACUCAGAAAUAAAUCAUAAAACCUAUUUGGUGAAGAAGAGUAACCUGCCCAUCUACCAAGAGGCACCUGAGGAAGAAGCACCUGUGCAGGAUAUUGAAAGAAACUUGAAACAAAUUAGACUUCAGAACAUACAGGAAAGUAAAAUUCCAGAGCAAAAAUAUAAAGCUAAGAGAGGGGUAAAGUUUGAAAUUAAUUUAGACAAAUGUUUUUCUGAUGAAAACACCCUCCAAGAGGAAGAGGCAGUGGAUAUACGAAAUGAAACUUUGAUCUUUGAGGACGGCAUGAAGUUUAAGGAAUAUGAGUGUAUAAAGGAGCAUGAAGAUUAUACAGACAGAGCAUUUGAAAAACUCUGUUGCCCAGAAGCAGAGUUGUUCAUUCAGGAUGCUACUGCUGCAGAAAACAGGAGACAGUGGGAUGCUGGAGCUCCUCAGACUCUGCUGCAAAUGAUGGCAGUAGCCGACGUCACCUCCACCUGCUCCACCAUGCCUGAAGAUGGCCAAGUGAUUGUGAUGGAACGUGUUCCAGAAAAUAGGAAACAGUGGCAGCGUGAAGCGCCAGGAACUUUAAUGAGUGUUUUGGCAGCAGCACAUCUAACAAGUAGCUCAUUUUCUGCCAGCGAAGGAGAAUUUGUGGGAACAUUGAAACAAUGGCUCCCUAAAGAAGAUGAAGGGAAGGUGGAAAUGGCCUCUGGCCCUGAGGUAGAUGAGGAACAACUAGACCCAAGAUCUGAUGAUGAUGAUACAACUUUUGAAGAAUCUGAAGAUGAGUUGAGAAAUGAAGUAGUAGAAUCCCUAGAAAAACUCGCUAUUUCCAAAGAGGAAGAAAAAAGAGAAGAGGCUUCUGGUUCCUCUAAGGACUCUGAAAGUUAGGAGAAAGAGAGGGGAUAAGCACACAGAAAUAUGCAGAUUAAAUGAAGGUUUGGAGAACAUUUCUACUCCAUCUAAUGACAAAAUUUGUAUUGUUGAUGAACACCAAGGAACAUC